AUGGCCGUCCUGCAGAAAUCUAUGCGCUCUUGGCUGAUGGGGAAUCUGGUCGCCGGGGGCCUCCUUCUCAUGAUCCUGAUGAUGCACCAAGGCACAGCCCUGCCCAUCAGCUCUCACUGCAGCAUCAACGAGUCUGAAUUCUCAUCCUAUAUCACCAACCGCACCUUCAUAUUGGCUGCGCAGGCAAGUUUGGCAGAUAACAAUACAGACGUUCGUCUUAUUGUGGAUCAUCUGUUUCACGGAGUCAAUAUGACAGAGCGCUGCUAUCUGAUGAAGCAGGUGCUCAACUUUACCCUUGAAGAAGUGCUGUUACCACAGUCUGACAGGUCCCUGCCCUACAUGAAUGAGGUAGUGGGCUUCCUGAAAAACCUCAGGAACAAGCUCAGCCUGUGUCAUAUUGAAGACGAUGACCAGCACAUCCAGGAGAACGUGCAACACCUGAAGGACACCGUGAAGAUGCUUGGAGAGAAUGGAGAGAUCAAAGUCAUUGGAGAACUGAAUUUGCUGUUACUGUUCCUGAGAACUGCCUGUGUCUGA